AUGAGCUUCGUAGUUUGGUUAUACGAUGACAUUGAAGAAGACCUACCUACGGUUCGUCUGGAACGCCGAUUAAUAAGAGAUCGUGCUAAUCCUCUACAAAUGCCUGACCACAUGUUUACUCGGUAUUUUAGAGUUUCAAAGGCUCUAUUCCACCAUUUACUAAAAUUUGUAGAGGCGAGCCUUGGAUAUGCUGUGGGCUCGGCAUCCGUAAGUCCUGUGAUUAAAUUGUCAGCUACCCUUAGAUUCCUGGCCGAAGGGAGUUAUCAAAAAGGUACUGGCAACGACGUUUUCGUAGGAAUGGCACAAUCAACCUUCUCGAAAAUGCUAUCCCAAGUACUGGAUGUGCUCGAACCAGGAAUCUGCCGGAAUGCUAUACAAUUUCCUAAAGAGGACACGGAGAAAAAUGCGAUAAAAUUGGGAUUUUUUCAAAAAACUGGAUUUCCAGGUGUUAUCGGCUGCGUGGAUGGGACGCACAUAAAAAUCAUUAAGCCAUCACCGGAUAUACAGCAUCUAUAUUACAAUAGAAAAGGCUAUCAUAGUCUUAAUGUGAUGAUUGUAUGUGAUCAUGAGAUGAUCAUCCGGUACGUAGAUGCGAAUAAUCCUGGAUCAAACCAUGACUCCUUCAUAUGGAAUUCCAAUCCGUUGGAUGACCAUUUGAAAAGCGCUCUUCAACGAGGUUGUCGUAACACUUGGCUUUUGGGUGAUGCUGGUUACCCAUUAAAGCCGUACCUCAUAACUCCGUUCCGCGUACCUAGCAGUUCUAACGUUUCCAGGUUCAAUGAAGUCCACUCAAAAACUAGGUUGAUAGUAGAGCGAUCCAUUGGGCAGCUUAAAAAUGUUUUUCGCUGUCUCUUGGGAGCAAGGCAACUCCAUUACAAACCGUCAAAAGCGACACAAAUAGUCAACGUUUGCUGUGCGCUACACAAUCUACGGAUAAAGUACAAUGUGGUUCAAGACAUUGACCAAACAUCACAAGAACCAGAAAACGAAGAAGAAUUCAUUGAUUCCAGUAAUGAUUCGACUGCUGAAGGUGUAAGAGAAGAGAUCAUGAAUUCAAUGUUCUCACUUAGUAAUUGA